AUGGCAAGUCACGGAAGGGAAUUAGUGAUGGGUGAGCCUUAUUGUUAUACAUGGGUUCAUGGCAUUGAUGAAUUCGAAGACAGCAUACAAAGCACGCAUUUCGUGAUGUAUAUCAAGGCGACAAUCAGACGCCAGCAGCCUAGGGUUUCAGAGGAAGUGGAAGAAGAGGACGCAGAAAUAGAAGAACACUUUAGUGUGAAUGAUGCCACAAUGGAACUACAAUUUGACCCAGACAGUACUGACAUGGGUAUUCUCAUAUCCAACACACUUUCGGGCCUUCAUAUUCCUCUCCAGGCUCAUCCACCCAUAGUAGCUGAAAUAUUGUAUAAAGCCUACUCCUGGGCAACGGAUAAUGAUAGUUAUUUUCCUCCUAGUCGAGAGGUUUUUCAUAUGGGGGUGUACGUGGAAGUUAGGACAUACCUUUCAGAUAUUGGGGACACUGACAUGGACGUGUCAGAUAUUGGGGACACUGACAUGGACGUAGAGGAUGGUGGUGAUGAGCCUCAAUUUGUACCGGCAAGUAAAUCGUCCAUUGAGGAGUUGGAGAGGACGAUAGUCGAAACCUCAACAAUGUGUUCUAUUUGCAGGGAGGAGAUGAUGGUUGGUUCAGAAGCAACUCGGAUGCCGUGCUCACAUCUUUACCAUGGAGAUUGUAUUGUGGAGUGGCUGCAGAGAAGCAGGAUUUGCCCGUUGUGUAGGUACUCCAUGCCUGCUGAUGAAUGA